AAGCGAAGGGGAAACACUAGAGCACAGAGACUGUUGCUCUGCCUCUCUCCAACGGAGCUCUGAGUCCCGCGGCGGAGACUACAACUAAAGAACACUUGGAUAAAGAAGGACUAUAUUAGAGCACCAAACGUUGCUUUCAUCGCUGCAGUUUUUUUGUUGUUGUUUUGUUUGUUUGUUUUUACUUCUAUUUAAUGCACGGGUUAUUCCCUUCGACUUAAACGCCAGUUUAUUGAAAAAAAAUUAUAUAUAGGCAAAAUGUGUCGGUAGAUCAAAAUCGGGUUAGAGAUCACAAUAUGUUGGUUAGGUGAAUUUUGCUGGAAUUUCUUUGCUGGAUUUCCUGCUUUCGGGCGACCGGGAGGAACAGCAACAGUGUGUGGAAAAGUAGAUCUGAAUGUUAAACAUAUGGCUCCGACGAGGAUAGCACGCUGGAUGCUUGGAGAAGCAUGGUGGUGAGGAUGGUUAGAAUGCGAUUAAUGGCAAUGCCGUCAAGAGGCUGGGUCAAAUGGAUGAAUGUAACGGGAACCGCAGUGCUUCAUCUCCUACUGCUAUCAUUCUGCCUCUGCCAAGACACAGAAGACUGGCAAUAUGAGGAAUGUAAACUCUCACGUUCUGGUCCUCCAGCUACAAUUGUGGCGAUAGAUGAAGAAAGCCCCAACGGAACAUUGUUGGUGGAGAACAUGCAGAUCAACGGUGUGGCUGAGGGUCCAGAUCAUACCAUUUCUUUGUCUCUAAGAGACAACCACGACUACUGGGUGAUUCUUGACCCUGCCAGGCAGGCUCUUUACCUAAACAGCACUGGACGAGUUCUUGACAGAGAUCCACCUUCCUAUAUUCAGUCCAUCGUGGUCCAGGUUCAAUGCACCAAUGAGUUGAUUGGCACAGUGAUUUUGCAUGAGGUCCGCAUCGUUGUACGAGAUCGCAAUGACAAUGCACCACAUUUCCAGCAGCCUCGUUACUAUGUCGCCAUCAGUGAGCUAACGCCUGUAGGAACAACCAUCUUUUCUGGUUUUUUUGGGAAUAAUGGUGCAACAGACAUUGAUGACGGCCCCAAUGGACAGAUAGAGUACACCAUCCAGUACAACCCUAAAGAUCCAACAGCAAACAGAACCUUCGACAUCCCUCUCACUUUGUUCGGCUCAGUAGUCCUCAGAGAACGGCUCAACUAUGAAGAGAUAACACGAUACUUAGUCAUAAUACAAGCAAAUGACCGGGCACCCUCUCCAAGUGACCGCCGAACAGCCACCACCACACUGACCGUGGAUGUGCUGGAUGGGGAUGACUUAGGUCCCAUGUUUCUACCUUGUACACUUGUGGGAAACACCCGUGACUGUAGUCCCAUCACGUAUUUGGCCAGUGUUCUGGAGCUGACAGAGCCUAACAAGACGAAUCCCCUUAAUGUGACGCCUCCUAUUCAAGCUGUGGACCAGGAUAGAAACAUACAACCUCCCUCUGACAGACCUGGGAUCCUUUACUCCAUCCUUAUUGGCAAACCAACGUCCUAUGCAGAAUAUUUCAGCUUAAACAAAACCACAGCAGAACUCAUGCUGCUUAAACCCAUUGACAGGGAGCUCUACCGCAGGUUUGAUCUGGUUAUCAAGGCUGAGCAGGACAACGGUCAUCCUCUGCCAGCGUUUGCCAAUCUUCAAAUCGAAGUUCUGGAUGAAAACAACCAGGCACCCUAUUUCUUGGAGUCUGGUUAUCAUGGAUACAUCAGCGAGGCAUCACCAAUAGGGACCACUGUUUCUACCAAUGUCAGCCUAUCAACUCCCCUCACUAUAAUAGCGUUGGAUAAUGACGUAGACGAGACCCGGGAUCCACAGUUGCACUUUUCUCUGGACAGUUAUUCUCACAUAUUCUCUGUGUCAACCACUGGGAUCAGAAGAUAUCUCACUCUGUUGCAGCCCGUAGACAGAGAAACACAAGACUCCUACACAUUUACGCUGUUAGCAUCAGAUGGUGUACAGCAGAGUUCUCCUGUAACAGUGACCAUAACAGUGCUGGAUGCCAAUGACAAUACUCCAACUUUUUCCAAUGUCUCCUAUAGUGUGAACCUGUUUACUGACAUGUUGCCUGGAGAAAUGGUUAUACAGAUGGCGGCGGUUGAUUCCGAUGCUAAUGAAAAUGGUCAAGUCACCUAUCGCAUCUUGGCUGGUGAUCAGGGACGAUUCCUAAUAGACAGCAGUACUGGGGUAAUUACAGUGGCACCAGGUGCUGAGCUGACUGUUGGCCGAAGCUACGCUUUGACUGUGGAAGCUGUAGACAAUGGGCCUGUGCCUCACAGAAGGUCUUCCAUUACAACAGUCUAUAUUGAAGUUCUGCCCCCAAACAACCAGAGCCCUCCUCGUUUUCCUCGCCAACAAUACCACCUUGAGAUCAGUGAAGCCAUGACGACUGGUGCUACACUUCUUAAUUUGCAGGCAGUGGACCGGGAGAAGGAUCCAAUAACGUACAAAAUUCAGAGUGGAGAUAUUGAUGGAAAUUUUGCAUUGCAGCAGAAUUCAGGGUAUUUGAUAUUGGACAAACCUUUGGACAGAGAGUCUUUAGAUCAUUAUAUCCUGAUGGUCACAGCCUCAGACGGACGCCCAGAUGGGACUUCCACUACUAUGGUGAACGUGGUGGUGACUGAUGUUAAUGACAAUGAUCCAGUGUUCAACUCUUCACUGCCAGUGAACUUGACAGUCAUUGAGGAACAGGACAACGCCUUCGUUGGACAGGUUAUGGCAACAGAUCCAGAUCUGGGAGCAAGUGGCCAAGUCCACUAUAGGCUUGUGAACCACCAGACGCUGUUUUCCAUCAAUGCCACUGGAGCCAUCAGGACUGCAGCACCUCUGGACAGAGAGGUGAAAGGCCACUAUAUCCUGAUUGUUGAAGCAUCAGAUGGUGCAGUGGACCCUCGGCGAUCCAGACUUACCCUCUCUGUGACCGUUUUGGAUGUGGAUGACAACAGCCCAAUAUUCUCUCAACAGUCUUAUAAUGUCAAUCUACCUGAAAAUAGCCCAAAGGACACUGUCAUAUUACAAUUAAAGGCAACAGAUGCUGACCUCAUCUCAAACAUCACAUAUCGAAUCAGAGCCGAAAGCCUGGAUCCAGAUGUAAAACGACUUUUUCACAUUGACCCUGUGACGGGGGAGCUGUCUGUUCUCAACGUUCUGGAUUUUGAAGCUCUGGCCGCUUCGGAACCAUCAUACACUUUCACCGUGGAGGCUGUCGACGUGGAGGGAACCAUGCCUCCUGGGCUUGCCCUGGUUACUGUUAGAAUAUUGGACAUGAAUGAUUUCUUUCCAGCAUUCAGCCAGCCGGUGUACAGAGGCAUGGUUGCACCUAAUGCCGUCAAGGGAACCAUUGUAACCACAGUGAUGGCCAAUGACUCUGACCCUGCGAAUACCCCAGCAGGUCUAGUUCGCUACAGGGUGGACCAGGACGCAUAUCCGUACUCUGCCAGUAUUUUUGAUGUAGAUGAAGAGAAAGGUCAUGUGGUUACAAGAGUGAAUCUAAACGAGGAACCCAACUUAAAGUUCAGACUGGUGGUUGUAGCCUAUGAUCAUGGUGAGCCUGUGAAAGAGAGUACGACUCUGGUCGAAAUCACAGUCCUUCAGCCAUCUGUUAUUCCUGUGUUUACUCAAGAAGAAUACAGAUUUUCACCAGUGAGUGAGGAGGCUGCUGUUGGAACCCCAGUGGGAGUCAUCAUGGCAGCAGCCGUCAAUCAAACCAUUGUGUAUUCCAUCAUUGAAGGGAAUGAGGAAGAUGUGUUUUCAUUAAAUGAAACAACUGGGGAACUAUACACAGCCAAGCCUCUGGACUAUGAAACCAAUUCCAGCUAUGUUCUUAAGGUUGAAGCAGACUCCAUGAGAGUGGUGUCAUCAAACCUUCGAGCUCCCACAAAGUCAAAUACAGCUAGGGUGGUGAUUGAUAUCCAGGAUGAGAAUGACCACCCACCAGUGUUCACCAGAUCUCUUUACAUUGGAGGAGUUGCAGAGGAUGCCAAAACUUUCACCUCAGUCUUGCAAGUGCAGGCUUUGGACAAAGACACUGGUAACUACAGCUCCAUGAUCUACAAACUGAUCAUUCCCCCUCCAACAGGAAAACAAACUAAAGACAGCAAAGACGGAUUUGUCAUUGAACCAUACACCGGUGUGGUGAAGACGGCUAUUAUGUACCGCAACAUGAGGAGGUCGUAUUUCAAAUUUGAGGUGGUUGCAACAGACAACUACGGCAAAGGACACAGCAGCAAAGCUGAGAUAGUGGUGUCUGUUGUGAACCAGCUUGACAUGCAGGUGGUUGUUUCAAAUGUCCCACCAACAUAUGUUGAGAACAACAAAGAGAAAUUGCUCAGCAUUUUGGAGCGCUAUGUUCAGGAGCAGGUAGUCGGGGCAAAGGUCAUCGUGGAAACUAUUGGGCCCCAUCGGGAUGGUGAAGCAAUGGAGUUGGAAGAUUACACCAAGUCAGACCUCAUGAUUUAUGCCAUCGAUCCGCUGACAAACAGAGCUAUAUCCAGACAAGAGCUCUUCAAGUUUCUUGAUGGUAAACUGUUGGAUAUCAAUAAAGAGUUCCAGCCGUUUCUUCCUCCUGGUGGCAGAAUACUGGAAAUCAGAACCCCUGAAGUGGUGGCCAGCGUAAAGAAAGCUGUUCAUAGAGUUGGCUACACAGAGGGAGCACUCUUGGCUUUGGCUGUUAUCAUCAUCAUCUGCUGCGUUCCUGCUAUUUUAAUUGUCAUUAUAACAUACAGACAAUUCAAAGAGCGACAAGCUGAGUGUGCUAAAACAGCCCGUAUCCAGAUGGCACUGCCAACAGGCAAACCCGGGGGAGGCACUGCCAACAACCUGUAUGAGGAGCUUGGUGACAACGCCAUACACAACCGAUCAAAAUGUGUUGGUGGCAGCAGCAUUGGCAGCAUAGAUGAAAGCGACCGCCAGCGCCUGAUCUCAGACUUCGCCACACGAGCUAUCGCUGCCCAUCGGCAGUGCCUUGCUAAUGGAGGGGUAAUUAACAAACUCCCCAGAUCUGAAUCCAACAUCACCUUUCUCUCUGAUGAAAACCCUAGAACUACCAAAAAUCCCAUUUACCAUGAGGAUGGUACCAUGAGUAGCCCUGAAAACAUUCAGAGCAAUCAGAGAAGGAAAAAUCUUCUAGGGAAUUUUUCCCCUUCUCGGAAAGGCCUUCAAGAGGCCUGGAUGAGGCUCAGCUCACCUGGAAGUGAUUUGGGAUUUAGGGGAUACGAUGGCAAUGAUAGCGGAUGGGGAUCUGGAGGUGGGCACAGCUGGACUCUCCCAUCCAGGUUCCAUAGAAGGGAAAUGUACGAUGCUUUGAGACGUCAAGUGGUGAUGGAUCCUGUGCAGUGGGAGCAUGAGCUUUUAAAGGCUGAAUUUAAAGAAAGCAAAGAUGCUGGUCUGGAUUCAGGCUUUGACCAUGGAUUGGAUUCAGAUGCGAUAGGAAGCCCAAGUCUUGAGCCAAAGCUGACGGUGAAGGAACAAGCCAGACAGUUUGAGCAACAGGCUCUUCAGGAAAUGAAACAGAGGCAAAACAGAGAUUCCAGAGGCUCACUGUCUUCUGAUAUCCUACUUUCAGCUAUCACAGACACUCCUCAGCAUCAGAAGUACAGUCCCUUGCAUAAUGCUCCAAUUUCUCAAAUGGUGGAAGGUCCUCCGAGUAUCAUCGUCACUCAAAGUGAUGGAGGAACCCCUCCACCGAGUCACAAGCCAACACCUCCUGUACAGAGACGUUUUGGAGCAAAUCUAACUGGAAAUACUGCUGCAGAAGAAAGACUUCAGGUACAUUUAGAGGUGAUUCCAGAUCCACCUUCAACACCUCCACCACCACCUCCAUCGCCACCACCUCCACCUCCAACCUCUGCUCCUCCUCCACCUCCCUCACCUCCACCUCAAAGUCACACUUCCUCUCUCCCUCCUGGCUCUCCAGUUUCCUCUAACUCCAUCCAUAAUAGUGCUUCUACUCCUCCACCUCCACCACCACCUCCACCACCUCCCCCUCUACCUCCUCCUGUGUCGCCUUCCCUUGUACGUCCAUCCAUGUUUGUCCUCCCUACUCUCUCAGAGGCGCCCGUGCUGCGGCCUGUGUCUCUCCGGCCGCCACCGCUACCCCUCCCCACAGAGCCCGACCCUCCUCGAAAGGAGCUGAAGGGAAUCUUAAAGAACCUCCAAAACAUAGCCGAUAUCGAGAAGUCUGUGGCAAACAUGUUUAGCCAGAUAGACCAGAAACAAAUUCCACUCAAAAAGGUAAUGAAGAGCAGGGCUUCAGUGGAUUCUCUAGAUUCCCUUGACUCUUUGGAUACCAUGGUGGUUGGGAGAGAGUCAGAACACGGAGAAGGAGGCGGUGAAGGGGAGAAUAAUCCCCUAAUUCCGAACAUUCCAAGUCCAAACAUGAACUCUAUUGUUGAAGAACUUGAAAAGCGGUUCCCUUCUCAAUCUACAAUGCUUUAGCCUUUGUAUUUCUAAGAAGUUUUCUUUAGCAUUACUUUCUGAUGAGGAGCUGUGAUGUAACAAACUAAAAUGAGAUCAUUUAAAGAGUUGACUUCCAAUAUAGUGUGAUUGUCCUCUUCCGAAAACAUCCCUGUGUUCUUCAUAAGAAGUAAAGAGAACCUAGUAUCAUACAACUCUUUGCCUAAAACUCAUCUCCCUAUUUGACAUGAAAAGAUAUAAACUAAAAACAAGUACUGAACCUUUUUUUUUUUUUUAUCUUAAGGUGAAUCUCAUUAACAUUUUAUGCUCUGUCCAAAUAAAAACCAAUUCCAUAUUACUAACAAUCCAUGUAUUUCUCACAAAAAUUGAGUUUUCUAUAGAAAGUUAUUCAUCUUUCAGGGCAGAAAUUGUUUCUCUCUUUUGUACUCAGGCUCAAAAAAACAAAAUGUCUUAGAUAUGAAUUUUAAGACUCAAGACUGAACUGUGUUAAUUCACAGAAUGCAGCUCUUACAGUAUUUGUGUUUUCUGUAACAGGUGAGAUUGGUUUAUUAAUAGGAAUGCUGUAAAACAUUGUUUAUGAUCCAUGAUAUAAUUCAUACCAUACUUCUUGUAACUUCAUUAUUUCAACCUAAUAGAUUUUUGUAAAACUGAGCAGUAUAUUGAAUAAUUUGGAGUAAGUAAAAAGAAAUAAUAAUUUUAACUCUUAGUACCAAUUAAACACUAGCUGAUAAACUAAGAAGAUUCCAAUAAAUACAGCUUUUUUGUUGCUUUUCACAGCGUAAAAGAGUAUUGUGUUUGGCUCAUAUAGCAACUUGAUAUUCUUUCUCACUGUUUACAUUGUGCCUCACUUUAUAUUUUGUAAUUACCUUUUGAGCAAUUUUGUUGUUUUGAUGUAAAACCACACGUUUAGGAUACAGAUAAUUAACAGAUUUCCUGGAUGUUCUGCAAAACUCCUGCUUUAGAGAAAAAGAAAAUGCUGCUGCAAUAAAUAGGGAAGGAGUGAACACUUUUACACAUAAAUAAAAGGGCGUCUGCUAUCUUAUAACAAAUGCUUCCUGUUCUUCAAAAUAAAAUAAGUGAUGAUAUACUUAUACAGUGAACCACCAAUGACUGGUAUUGAUUUGUUUUUUAUUGUUAUGUUGACAUGCAUGCUUUCUUAUAUUUCUACUUUGCUAGAUAAUAAACUAAAUCAAAUUUUGAAAGGAAACAAGUUCCUGCAUAAUUAUAGCAAUUUUAUACAGUUUUAAAUAGAUUUUUAUUAAAUGCUGUAUUAAAACUUGAAAUCAUGUCAUUUCAGCCUGCUAGUAAAAAUUUCCUUCAUUACACAGAAAAGUAGCUAAAAGUAGAUUAAUGGAAAAUAUAAAUAAUUACAGAGCACAAAUUUUGUAUUGUUUUGAAUUUGCUAGUAUUUGGUCAUAUUUCAUAUAAGUUGACAUCUGUUUUAAUCUGUUUCAAUGUUGGUUGACAUUUUAAUUUUUACUCUACUUUGUUUCUGUUGUUUUUUUUUUCUUUAAAAUUCCACCCUUUUAAAGUUAUGCUUGUCUUUUAUGACUUAUUCCUCAUAUUUUCCCAUUUAUUAUAUUGUUUUAUUAUUUCUGGUUCUCCAUAGCUAAGUGGCCACAAAGUUUGUUUUAUUUCUUUUGUGUAUGUGUGUGCAUGUUUCUGUUAUUUCUGUUUUUAUAAGCACAUAUUUGUCUUUUUCUUUAUUGGCUUGUUAGUUUAUCAAUGCUGUUUAAUUAGUAUUUUAGUUCAUUAUUUGAACCUAUAGUUUUUGUUUUCUGUUCAUGUAUUAACGUUGAAUGUUGCUACUCUGUCUGUUAUUGUUUUCUGGGUAAGAGCUGUUUAUUUCUAAGCAGCAGAACAGAAAUAUUUGAAUAUUUAAUUAGUUUUUUUAUUGUAAUUUAUUGCAAUAAAUUUUAAAACAGUGUUGUCUAGACUGUUUUAUUUAGCUUGGUUUGAAUCAUAUAAGCCUCGUUUGGGCACUUGAUAUAAUAUCUUAUUUUUUUCAAUUAAAUAUUUAAGGUUGAGUAGAUUAAUUUGAAAGAUCUAACUGUCUUAUAGUUUUUAUGACAAUAAAGACAGGGGUGUAUUUGUGCCAUGCAUGAGACUUCAUGAGACCAUGGCUCUUUAAUUUUAGAAAUAGACCUCCGGUUAGUGUAGAGCAGCCAUACGCAAAGUAACAAAACAUGAAAAUAACAGUGAAAAUAACUGGGAUUAUAAUUUUUUCAU